AAAUCCUACAACAGUACUGUUAUCGGUAGCCAUUGCUAUGGCGCUCUUCCUUCCCACUUCUAAUUCGUGUGUAUACCCUCUUUCCCUCCAAACUCAAAAUCAUUCUCCGUUUAAAACUUUCAAAUUUGAAACUUAUUGCCGUUCUGGUCGCUCAAUUGAAGUUAGCGCUGCGAAUACCACGAGAAAAAACAAGCCUAGCUUCUUUGAACAAAUUCGUGAUAAAUGGUCUGUCAAAAUUCCUUCAAGAAGGGAGAAAUUUCCAUGGGAAGAACUAAAACAUCAGCAACAGCAAGAACAAGAUGAAGAGGAAGAAAUAGAUACGCGGGAAAGUUCUGGAGUAGUUUUGUCCGAGGGAGAAACUGAUGCCAGCCCAUCAGUAAGUCGUGAUCCAGUGAGUUAUACUGUACCAAGUCGCUCAAUUACAGCUCCUUCGAUUCAUCGAACACUACCCAAAAGAAACCAUUUAAGCUCUCAGCCUAAAGAUGGAGAAAAUCUUGAUGGGAUUUUAGAUGAAGUUAGGGAAGAGGAUAAUGUUUUACAUGUUGUAGUUGAUAAUGUAGAAAGCUCAGGAAAGAAAGUCGAUUAUAAUCACAAAUUUGAGAGAAAAAAAGUAAAAUUUAAUGCUGUUUCAGUUGAAUUAACAAGGGAUAAGGUAAUAGCAAGAGCUAAAGACUCCAACGAUGUAUUGUCUUCGAAUAAGAAAGGAAAUCUUCAGGUUUCUCAGCAUGAUAAUAGUAGUUCAAAUGGAUUGCCAUGGGAAAGGGAGAGAGAAGUGGAGUCUAGUGAAGGAGAUUGGAGGAGGAACAGAAUCAACACAGAGUUGGCAGAGAGAAUGUUGCCUGAACAUGAGCUGAAGAGGCUGAGGAAUAAUGCUUUGAGGAUGUUUGAGAGGAUUAAAGUGGGGGCUGCAGGCAUUAACCAGGAUUUGGUGGAUGCAAUUCAUGAGAAUUGGAGGCUGAGUGAGGUGGUGAAAUUGAAGUUUGAAUGGCCACUUUCAUGUAACAUGAAGAGAACACAUGAGAUAUUGGAGAGUAGAACUGGAGGUUUGGUUAUAUGGAGAUCAGGCAGUUCAGUGGUGUUGUACAGAGGAAUGACCUACAACUUUCAAUGUGUACAGUCAUAUUCCAAGCAAAAUGAGGCUGGUAACGAUAUUUUUUCGCAUCCUGAAAAAGUGACAAGUAAUGCUACACAUAACGUAGGAGUAAUAGACUUCAAUGGAACUACAGAAUCAUUUAUGCCUGGUUAUGCAAGGCAUUUAAAGGAUCUAUCGCAAGAAGAACUUACAGAUUUCAAUGAACUAAAUCAGUUGUUAGAUGAGCUUGGUCCUAGGUUUAAAGACUGGUGUGGCAGGGAGCCAUUGCCUGUUGAUGCAGAUUUGCUUCCUGCAGUGGAUCCUGGAUAUAAAGCUCCAUUCAGACUUCUCCCUUAUGGGGUAAGACAUUGUUUAACAAACAAGGAGAUGACAGUUUUCCGCAGGCUUGCAAGACAAACACCUCCUCAUUUUGCCCUAGGAAGGAGCAGAGAACUGCAAGGUCUGGCAAAAGCUAUGGUGAAGCUGUGGGAAAGAAGUGCUAUUGCAAAGAUAGCCAUCAAACGUGGUGUGCAGAAUACACGUAAUGAGAGAAUGGCAGAAGAACUCAAGUUUCUUUCUUUUCCAGAUAAUGUCAGUUGCAAUUCUUGCUUACAGAUGUUGACAGGAGGAACAUUACUUUCUAGAAACAAAGAGUAUAUUGUAUUUUACAGGGGAAAUGACUUCUUGCCACCAGCUAUAAUGGAGACACUAAGAGAGAGGCGGAAACUAACAUAUCUUAAACAAGAUGAAGAAGAGAAAGCCCGGAAUAUGGCCUCGGCUUUUGUUGAUUCAAAUUCCAAAACUAUUAAAGGCCCAUUGGUUGCUGGAACUCUUGCUGAAACUGUGGCGGCAACCUCUCACUGGAGGAUUCAAUCAGGCAGUAAAGAUGUGGAGGAAAUGCUGAGAAAUGCUGCUUUAGCUAAAAGUGCUUCAUUAGUCAAGCAUCUUGAGAAUAAACUAGCUCUUGCAAAAGGGAAACUCAAAAGGGCUGAGAAAGCUUUAACAAAAGUACAGGAAAAUCUGGAACCUGCAGAGUUCCCAACUGAUUUGGAAACCAUAACUGAUGAGGAAAGGGUCUUGUUUCGCAAGCUUGGUCUGAGCAUGAAGCCCUACCUCCUCCUAGGGAGGAGGGGGGUUUACGAUGGCACCAUUGAAAACAUGCACUUACACUGGAAAUAUCGUGAAGUUGUGAAGGUAAUUGUGAAAGAAAAAAAUUUUCGAAAAGUCAAGCACAUUGCGAUUUCUUUGGAGGCUGAGAGCAGUGGGGUAUUAGUAUCUGUAGAUAGAACAACCAAGGGCUAUGCGAUUAUUAUUUAUCGUGGAAAGAAUUAUCAACGUCCUCAGGUAAUAAAACCCAAAAAUUUAUUGACAAAACGGCAGGCAUUAGCCAGGUCAAUCGAACUUCAGAGACGUGAGGCGCUGAAGCAUCACAUCUCAGACUUACAAGAGAGAGUUGAGUUGCUGAAGUCUGAACUUGAAGAAAUGCAAUCUGCUAAGAAGAUUGAUGUAGACAAAAAAGUAUGCUCAAUAUUGGAUGAUGCUUCUGUUUCCGACACGGAUGUUGAAGAGGAAGGGGAAGAGGCUUUUCUUGAAUUGUAUGAUAGCAGCAAUGAGGAUACUUCUGAUUGCAACUAAAACAUACCAAAAGGAAGGAAGACCAGCUUAUGUCAGCUUAAGAUUUUGUGCAUGCUUUACUAGAUGUUGGAAAAAAUCAACAGUUCCACCACUCCAAACAAUGGAUGAGAUUAUGGCAUGACUUCACACUGCAACCUCAGCUUCCCUGGUUUUAUCAGAGUAAAGGGUCACCGGCAUUAUUCAUGUUGUAAAUGCAAUCUGACUGGUCAUUGUAAAUAACACAAUCCUGCAAUGGUAUUAUUUGUUACUUCUUGUGAUGGUAUUUAGCUCAUCUUCACGUGCUUUAAUUUUUCAUAA